CUCAUACUGGGAAAUAAUAUCUGAAAAGAACUUGCUGGCCGUAAAAAUCAAUGAAAGUCACUUUAGACACUUGCAAUAUAAUCCCCCACACUGGACCACCCUGGACAACACUAGACCACCCUGGACCACACUGCACCACACUGGAUCACCCUGGACAACUCUGGACCACACUAGACCACCCUGGACCACACUGGACCACACUAUACCACCCUGGACAACUCUGGACCACCCUGGAUCCCUCUGGACCACUCUGGACCACCCUGGACCACACUAGACCACCCUGGACAACUCUGGAUCCUUCUGGAUCCUUCUGGAUCACCAUGGACCACUCUGGACCACCCUGGACCACACUAGACCACCCUGGAUCCCUCUGGACCACCCUGGACCACCCUGGACAACUCUGGACCACCCUGGAUCCUUCUGGAUCACCAUGGACCACUCUGGACCACCCUGGACCACACUAGACCACUCAGGACCACUCUGGACCACACUGGACCACCCUGGACAACCCUGGACCACUCUGGACCACACUAGACCAACCUGGACCACACCAGACCACCCUGGACCACCCUGGACAACUCUGGUCCACCCAGGACCACUCAUGACCACACUGCACCACCCUGGACAACCCUGGAUCACCCUGGACCACUCUGGACCAGUCUGGACCACCCUGGACAACUCUGGGCCAGCUAAAACAAUUCCGGUUUUGUUCAAUAAUGGAAGAGGAGGAUGAGAUAAGUCAUGUUA